AUGCAACCCGGAUCACCGAAAGAGUUUCUAAUCAACACGCUCGCGGACAAGCACAUCUAUCAUCUCUUCGGACUGGAUGAGACCGACAAUCAGAACAGUGGAAGCUUGAUUCAGGCGUACUACAGCCAAGAAAACCGCGUAUUGUAUCUGGUGCUUACUUCAGUUUGUGACAACCGACAGCUUUUGCGGGCGUGUGAGUCUUUGAGUACGAGCAUCGGACACUCGGAGGCGCACGAAUUCUGGAAAGGGGCGGAUAAACAGCAUUGUUUAGCAUUGCUCUAUCUCUUCUCCUUGUGCCAUGUCCUGCUAUUGGUCCAUCCUACAUGCUGUUUUGAUGUCACCUAUGACAGAUUGUUCCGUGCUGUGGAUGCACUUCGCCAGAAAGCUCUGCCACUACUACGUGCUGCCAUUAAGGAUUCCAACAUAUCCAAAGAAUGGAAGGUGAACUGCCGCCCCUGUCCCCCGCGCCUGCUAUUUGUAUUCCAGAUGAAUGGAACCCUGAGAAGCUGUGGUGGAAAUGGUUCAGAUCCUUCUGGGGGAAAUGCUGACAAGCCCAAGAAACACUCACCACGAAGACGCCUACAGCAUGCAUUGGAGGACCAGAUAUAUCGCAUUUUCCGGAAAAGUCGGGUCCUCACCAACCAGAGCAGUAAUUGCUUGUUCACUGUUCCUGCUAACCAGGCGUUUGUGUAUGUGGUGCCAGGGCCAGAGGAGGACCCAGUGGCAGCCGUCCUGGGGCAGCUGCGCUCCAACUGUGCCCUGCGGGAAAAUGACACCAACACCUCAGUAUCUGGACCCAGGCGCUAUCAACAAAUGCGUCACUCCGCUAGACAUCCAUCCUUCAAUGUAGAAAGCAGCAGCCUCUCAGGGGGGCAACUAGUGGACUGUAGUCUGAAGGAGUUCCUUUGGCAGCAUGUCGAACUGGUGUUGACCAAGAAAGGCUUUGACGACAGCGUCGGUCGCAAUCCGCAGCCUUCCCAUUUUGAGCUUCCAACGUACUCCAAGUGGGCCCAAGUGGCCUACAGGCUGCAUCAGGUCAUGAUAGCCAACACAGAUGAGGAAAGUGCCGAGCUGUCCGUCAAAGUACAAAGUCAGCUUAAAGUGUUGGAGGGUUUCCUGGAUGCAGACGCCAAGUUCUCUGAGAACCGCUGCCAGAAAGCCCUGCCGCUGGCACAUAGCACCUACCAGUCCAACCUUCCUCAUAACUAUACCACCACGGUGCACAAAAACCAACUGACACAAGCACUUCGGGUCUAUAGUCAGCAUGCACGUGGCGUAGCUUUUCAGCGCUACGCCUUGCAGUUGCAUGAGGACUGCUACAAGUUCUGGAGUAAUGGGCAUCAGUUAUGUGAAGAGCGCAGUCUGACGGACCAACACUGUGUGCACAAGUUUCACCUGCUGCCUCAGCCAGGUAAAGCCUCAAUCACUACCAUACAGAACAAACUGUUACUAUAA